AUGUACUCUGCAGGCCUGGAGAUCCUCGGGAUGAUCCUGGCCGUGGCCGGCUGGCUGGGGGUGAUCGUGACCUGCGGCCUGCCCAUGUGGCGGGUCGCUGCCUUCAUCGGGCAGAACAUUGUCAUCUCUCAGGUGAUCUGGGAGGGCUUGUGGAUGAACUGUUCAGUGCAGAGCACGGGACAGAUGCACUGCAGGGUGCACGAAUCCAUGCUGGGGCUGCCGGUGGACCUGCAGGCAGCUCGUGCCUUGGUCAUUGUUUCCAUGGUGCUGUCUAUAGUGGGCAUCGGCCUGUCGGUGGCUGGGGCCAAGUGCACCAACUGCAGCCGGGACGUGAGCAGCAAACCGCGGCUCAUGGUGGCUGCUGGAGUGACCUUCGUGGUGGCGGGGCUGCUGCUGCUAGUGGCCGUGUCCUGGACAGCCAACGCCAUCGUGCUGGGCUUCUACGACCCCAUGCUGGAGGAGACGGGGAAGAGGGAGUUUGGUAAUGCUCUGUACUUUGGCUGGGCUUCCUCCUGCCUCCUCAUCCUGGGGGGAGCCCUGCUCUGCUGCUCCUGCCCAGCUCCAGCAGCGACUGUUGGUGGCUCCAUGCCCCAUCGGGUGGACUACUCAGCUGUCAAGACUAUGUCCGUCAAUGGAUACCCCAGAAGAGACUAUGUAUGA